UUGGCCAGCAGAGAGCUGCUGAUCCCGUGCCACCCCAAUGUCGUAUGGAUGUAUGUGUAGAGCAGUAUAGGCAUGGCCAUAGAUGGAGACGGUGAUGACGGUGAAGCCCUUGAAAUUCCUCUUUCCGCGUGGGCUGCCAGCUGUAUGGCCAUUGCGUGUCACUCUCUCUCCCCUUUUCUCUCCUCUCCUCUCCUCUCCUCUCUCAUCUUUCCACACUCAAAUCCACCACUCCCCCUCCUCCAUUCACCAUUCUCCGAUCCAUCCACCCCCACCCUCAUCUGCAAAUUAAAAUGCUACCCUAAACAUAAAGCCUGAUUUCUGCUUUAAUUCACAGAUUUAGGGUUUUUUUGUGUGCUUCGGGGGAGAAGAGUGGUUAUAGUUUUUGUUUUGUUUACUUAUUUUCAUCGAUGGCCAAGAGCGGCGUGUUCGAAGGGGAUCCGGCGGCAGUGGCGGCCAAGGCCAUGGAAUUGAAGAAGGAAUUGCAGAGACUGGCGAAGACUAUCGCCGAGGACGACGAUGUUAACCUGGAGGCGAUCGAUCGAGCUCUCAGACUCGUCUGUGCCUUGAAGGACUUCAAAUUGAAGAAAUCGGUGUCGUUGAAGCUUCGUAAUGAUCCUGAAUUGGUCUCUGGAGCUGUUCCUGAGGAGUUCAAGUGUCCGCUCUCCAAGCAGCUCAUGAGAGAUCCUGUGAUUAUAGCCUCUGGAAAGACUUUCGAUAGGCCGUUCAUCCAGAAGUGGUUGAAAGCCGGGAAUCGGACGUGCCCUGAAACUCAACAAGUGAUAUCGCACACCAUCCUCACGCCGAACCACCUUAUCCGGGAAAUGAUAUCACAAUGGUGCAAGAAUCAUGGGAUCAAACUACCUGAAUCUGUUCAGUACACAGACGAAGACGGCUUAACCGAAGCUGAUAGGAACCAUUUCCAUUCUCUGCUCAAGAGAAUGUCUUCUACACUGCCUGAUCAAAAAGGCGCGGCAAAAGAGUUACGUCUGCUGACCAAAAAAAUGCCUUCGUUUCGAGCUCUAUUCGGAGAAUCCCCUGAAGCCAUACCUCUGCUAUUGUCUCCCCUCACUCGAAGCCACACUGAGCUUCAUCCUGACCUCCAAGAAGAUAUAAUUACGACACUCUUGAACCUCUCCAUACAUGAUAGUAACAAGAAGCUCGUCGCUGAAACUCCUAUGGUCAUCCCUCUUCUCAUUGAAGCAUUACGAUCUGGAACAAUUGACACUAGGAGCAAUGCAGCUGCAGCCCUGUUUACCCUGUCGGCUCUCGAUUCAAACAAGGCACUGAUUGGAAAAUCCGGUGCCUUGAAGCCCCUAAUCGACCUGUUGGACGAAGGGCAUGCUUUAGCAACGAAGGAUGCUGCUUCAGCAAUUUUUAACCUAUGCAUCCACCAGGAGAACAAAGCCCGAGCGGUUAGAGAUGGUGCAGUUCAAGUGGUCUUGAAAAAUAUCAUUUCUAGAAAUUAUGUAGACGAGCUUCUUUCCAUCCUUGCCAUGCUCUCGACCUGCCAAAGGGCAGUCGAGGACAUGGGAGAGCUUGGGGCGGUUCCUUGCUUGUUCAGUAUAAUCCGGGAAACCUCAUGUCAUCGAAACAAGGAGAAUUGCAUUGCAAUCCUCCAUACUAUCUGUUUCAACGAUAGAUCAAAGUGGAAAGAGAUGAGAGAAGAGGAAAGCGCUCAUCAGACGAUAUCUCAGCUCAUGCAACAUGGAACUUCUCGGGCCAAGAGAAAAGCUAGUGGCAUUCUAGAGAGGAUCAAUAGGCCUAUCAAUCUUACGCAUACCGCUUGAUGAUGAAGAUGAUGAUCGAGCACAUAUUCUGUAAAUUCUACACCAACCCGUGUUACGCAUAUGUUGAGGUUGUAUGCAUAUUUGGUAAGUGAUUUCCAAUCUUUCUUGUGCAUAUUCAAGAUCCAAGCAUGAGGUUUGAUCUUAGUAUAUUCUUGUAAAUAAUAUUGACGGGAAACUUUGCGGGCAAAGUUUCUCUUGAAUAUUGUUCAAUAAUUGAUGCACAUGGUUUUGAGUA